CUAGACUGAGUUGAUCCCACGUGUGACGAUUCCAUUCCCGGCUCAGUAAUAUUCUCAUAGCGGGGCUUUGCAUAGCUUUUGCCGUGUCUGUGUGUGUGUGUCUGUUACUGUAGUUACUGCCUAUAGUUUGGUUAGCUAUGGAAGGAGACGGGAGUCAAGUCACAUCUGGAAGCCCAAAUGAUUCACAACAUGACCCGGGUAAAAUGUUUAUCGGUGGCCUCAGUUGGCAAACCUCACCAGACAGCCUUAGAGACUAUUUUAGCAAAUUCGGAGAGAUAAGAGAAUGUAUGGUGAUGAGAGACCCCACGACAAAACGUUCCAGAGGAUUUGGGUUCGUUACGUUUGCAGAUGCUGCCAGUGUAGAUAAAGUCUUAGCUCAACCACACCACGAAUUAGACUCAAAGACGAUUGAUCCUAAGGUUGCCUUCCCCCGACGCGCUCAACCUAAGAUGGUCACAAGAACAAAGAAAAUAUUUGUGGGCGGAUUGUCAGCCAACACGGUAGUGGAAGAUGUGAAGCAGUAUUUUGAACAGUUUGGGAAGGUAGAAGACGCCAUGCUCAUGUUUGAUAAAACUACUAACAGACAUAGAGGUAAGUCCACCAUCUGCUCUUACAGGCCAGUCACUUUAAAUAACCUUCAAAGAGCACCCUUAUUGGAGCCCCCGCCACACCCCCGCCACACACCCAGCCGGGCCGACACACUCCCUGCCUGCCUCCCUGUUAUUGGAGCCCCCAGCCGGGCUGCCACACUCCCUGCCUGUCUCCCUGUUAUUGGAGCCCCCAGCCGGGCUGCCACACUCCCUGCCUGCCUCCCUGUUAUUGGAGCCCCCAGCCGGGCCGACACACUCCCUGCCUGCCUCCCUGUUAUUGGAGCCCCCAGCCGGGCUGCCACACUCCCUGCCUGCCUCCCUGUUAUUGGAGCCCCCAGCCCGGCUUGCCACACUCCCUGCCUGCCUCCUGUUAUUGGAGCCCCCAGCCGGGCCGCACACUCCCUGCCUGCCUCCCUGUUAUUGGAGCCCCCAGCCGGGCUUGCCACACUCCCUGCUGCCUCCCUGUUAUGGAGCCCCCAGCCGGGCUCCCACACUCCCUGCCUGCCUCCCUGUAUUGGAGCCCCCAGCCGGGCUGCCACACUCCCUGCCUGCCUCCCUGUAUUGGAGCCCCAGCCGGCUGCCACACUCCCUGCCUAG